UCCCUCCUACAACCACACUCAAGAAAGCCUUGGAAUUCUGGAGUGCUCAUAAAUUUAUAAGUCUUAGGAGAAUGAGCUGAUGCCACUGCCAGCUGGACCCACAGCACAGUAUAUCCAGCUACAAGGAAAGCAUCUUCCAUCCAGAUAUCUAAAAGAAAGUGAAGAAGUCUCACAACACACCCUCUUGGGUCUAUUCUCCAUCUGUGUUCUCCCACCAUGCUGGGCCUCAAUGGCACCCCCUUCCAACCAGCAACACUCCAGCUGACGGGCAUUCCUGGGAUACAAACAGGCCUCACCUGGAUUGCCCUGAUUUUCUGCAUCCUCUACAUGAUCUCCAUGGUAGGUAAUCUCGGCAUUCUCAUUCUGGUGUUUUGGGAGCCUGCUCUGCAUCAGCCAAUGUACUACUUCCUCUCUAUGCUUGGUCUCAAUGAUCUGGGAGUGUCCCUUUCUACUCUUCCCACUGUGAUUUCUACUUUCUGCUUCAACUCCAACCAUGUUGGUUUUAAUGCUUGCUUGGUUCAGAUGUUCUUCAUCCACACUUUCUCUUUCACAGAGUCAGGCAUACUGCUGGCCAUGAGCUUGGAUCGCUUUGUGGCUAUUUGUGAUCCACUACGCUAUGCCACUGUGCUCACUCAUAACCGUAUAUUGGCUGUGGGUCUGGGCAUCCUUACCAGGAGUUUCAGCGCUCUCUUCCCUUUCCCUUUUCUGGUGAAACGACUGCCCUUCUGCAAAGGCAAUGUUCUGCACCACUCCUACUGCCUCCAUCCAGAUCUCAUGAAAGUAGCAUGUGGAGACAUCCACGUUAACAACAUUUAUGGGCUCUUCGCGGUCAUUUUCACCUAUGGUGUGGACUCAACUUUCAUCCUGCUUUCCUAUGCGUUGAUCCUGAGAGCUGUGCUGGCCGUCACAUCCCGGGAGCAGCGGCUCAAGGCACUCAACACUUGUAUGUCACACAUCUGUGCAGUGCUGGCCUUUUAUGUACCCAUAAUUGCUGUCUCCACGAUUCACCGCUUCUGGAAAAGUGCUCCACCUAUUGUUCAUGUCACGAUGUCCAAUGUCUACCUGUUUGUACCACCCAUGCUCAAUCCUAUCAUCUACAGUGUGAAAACCAAGGCGAUCCGCAGAGGGAUUCUCAAGUUCUUCCAUAAACCCCAGGCCUGAGGAAGGCUGAAGGCUCCAAGAGAGCUCGUUUGGAGGAAGGAUUAGGACCUGUUAACAACUUUAGGAAUGCUAAAGUAAGGAGGACGAGGACCCAGGAUCUUGAUAGCAGUGAAUGUAUCACUAAUAAAAUAAUAUUUGACUAUAAAAUGGCACAUUUAUUCAAUACUUAUCACGUGAAAAUUCUUGUAUAGUUGCUAAGCAUGUUAUAAUGGUGAGUAUGAAAUAUUGUGAAGUAACCACAUAGACAUGUGAAUAGAAAAUAUUAAAAAGAGCAACAGGUAUCCUGAAAAAUGCUUGUUUGAUAUAUUCUGGAAUAAAGGAAUUUCUACAGGGCAAACAGAACUUAGCAAAAAUAAUUCUGCUGCUGCUGGAGAUAAAUAUUAAAGAGAGACAAAAUAUAUGGAGGUUUUUUUGUUGCAUGCAAGAGAGAUCUACUUGGGUUUGUAGUCAUAAAAACAGACUAUGUUGAGUGGUUAUGAAGUAGCUUGUGAAAAAUGAGAAAAGUUAGAAUUCUUUUUUUUUUUUUUUGAGACGGAGUUUCUCUCUUGUUAUCCAGGCUGGAGUGCAAUGGCACGAUCUCAGCUCACCGCAACCUCCGCCUCCUGGGUUCAGGCAAUUCUCCUGCCUCAGCCUCCUGAGUAGCUGGGAUUACAGGCACGCGCCACCGUGCCCAGCUAAUUUUUUGUAUUUUCAGUAGAGACAGGGUUUCACCAUGUUGACCAGGAUGGUCUCGAUCUUUUGACUUCAUCAUCCACCUGCCUUGGCCUCCCAAAAUACUGGGAUUCCAGGUGUGAGCCACCGCACCCGGCCGAAGUUAGAAUUCUUGAUUCGGGAUGUCGGGGAGAAAGAAGGGUACUGAUUUUGGUAGACAUAAUUGCCUGAGAAGAAAGACUUAGGCAGAAAGGUUUAGAAUAGUACUAUUCCAAGAAUGGUCCAAUAAACAAUAUCAUUAGCAUUUCUGGUGGCUUGAUGGAGAAACAGAUUCUUAUGCCCCACAAAGCUCCUACUGAAUGAGAACUGCAUUUAAUAAGAAACUUGGGUGUUUAUAGCUUGAGAAGGACAGUGUUUCUCUUCUCUAACAGCACUCAGGUGUUAGAUUGAUGCCAAUAUGCUGUGCAACAAGAGAACAAAACUCAUGAUGAGUGAUGGUUUGGAAAGGUGGUUCUUGAUAUGUGAUUUCCAGAUCAACGUCAUCAGCUUUGCACUGGAACUUUUUAGGGAUGCAAAUUCUGAGAACUUUCCUUAGACCACCAGAACAAAAAACUAUCAGGGGUGAGACCAAGAAGUUUGUGUUUUAAUUCAUUCUCCAAGUUCUUUCCAUACCUAUUAAAGGUUGAGAAAUUUUAACCUAGAAUAUUGGUUGCAGAUAACUGUUUAGACAAAGGGGACGUUUCCAACUGGGACACUGGGCACAAGGUCUUGAGAGAUGGCCAAAGUAAACUUGUGAAUGACAUUUAAAGUGGGAAGCUGAAUGCAUCACAACUAAGCAUAUGAUAUUGUUGGUUAAGGGAAAAAGAGCCGACUUAUAGCCUAAUGUCUCCAUGAGGCAGUGCUGGUGGAAGACAGAAAAAGCUGCAGAGGAGAAUUUGAUAAACAAUCUCCAGCCACUCCACAGUCAUAAUCCCAUAUUGUGAUUUCCUUCAUUUCCCUCAAUUCUUACCCCAUGACAUUCAAAAUUCAGGCAAACUGCAACUUUAGGGCUCUCAUUCAGGCAAAUAGAACUGAGGCGGGGGUGGGGGUUGAUUGUCUCAGUGAGAUAGGCAAGAGAACUUUGUCACUGUAUAAAAAUCUCCUGGUCAGGAAGUCUUCUGGGACUUUUCUGCAAGUCUAUUAGUUUUUUUUUUUUCACUUUUCUGCAGUCUAUUAACUUUUUUUCUCUUUAGAUGGGAUGUGUUUAAUCUGGUUGUAUUUUUGUUUACCAAGCAUUUACCUGCAGAUUGUAUCUAUCUUUGCUUUGCCCCAUUGUUAAAAAUUCAACUCCACUUCACAGGAUAUAUUUAUUUUUUAUUUAAACUUUAUUGUGGGGAGAAAAGCUUCAAAAUUUUGGCACAAAUGACGUUUAGCACAAUAAACACAGUCUUGAGAUUUAGA